AUGGCAUUCCCGCCGAAGAGUGGCAUCAAUACGGAGAUGCCUUGCGACCAGACCACAUGGGAUCCAGAGGUGCAAGAAAAAGAUAAUGUGGAAGAUCGGUCAGAUCCAGCGACAUGGCAAAGUCGGAAGAAAAUCUUCGUGGUUUUUGUUGGCCUCCUCACGUUGUUCAACAGCGUCUUCGAUUCAACCGUCCCAAGCGGUGGGAUCAAGGUCAUUUCCAGGGCCCUGAAUGUCAAAAGCGAGACUCAACAGGUGUUGCCCACCUCUGUCUACCUGAUCGGAUAUGUGACAGGACCUCUGGCUUUUGGGCCUAUGAGCGAGCUUUACGGUCGCAGGCCAGUGAUGGUGGGCACUUUCGUUCUAUUUACUAUCUUUACCCUCGCCUGUGCCGUGGCGCCCAACUGGCCGGCCCUUAUCAUUUUUCGAGCUCUCUGUGGCAUCUGCGCAUCCAGUGCGAUUGCCGUCACCGGAGUCACCACUGCUGGUCCGCAGUUUGCACCGUUGAUUGCGGGAUUCAUUGCACCGGUUGGAUGGAGGUGGAUCUUCUGGUUGUCGCUAAUUCUCGCCGGUGUCACCUUGGUCCCGGUGCUGUUUCUCCCCGAAACAUUCAAACCCGCCCUCUCUCAUCAGCCACAAAAGCGCGGUGAAGGCAUUCUGGUCAAGACUCUAGCUCGACCGCUGUACAUGAUAUCCCAUGAGCCAAUCAUCACGUUCACUUGCCUUUACCUGUCCUUUGCAAGUGCCAUCUUCUUUAUGUAUUUUGAGGCAUAUCCCUUGAUCUUCCAAGGUAUAUAUGGGAUGAGCGAUGGUAUUGCUGGAUUGGCGUUUCUUCCAAUUGCUGUGGGAGCCUGUAUCGGGAUGGUCAUAUUCUUAGCAUAUGACUCAUUUCUCCAGCGCGCGAAAUUGCGAAAUGUGACAUGGUCCCGAAUUGAGGAGUAUCAGCGACUUCCUUUGGCGUGUUUAGGGGGACCACUCUAUGUGGUGGCUCUUUUUUGGCUGGGCUGGACUGCAUCUGUGGACAUUCAUUGGAUCGCCCCCAUGCUGGCAGGUAUACCGUUUGGGAUGGGUUUUUUCCUCAUCUUUGUGGCUCUGAUCAAUUACUUGGUCGAUGCUUAUCACGAGUACGCUGCCAGUGCGAUGGCCGCCGCUAGCUGCUGUCGUAGUGUCUUCGGAGCAGUUUUGCCUCUGGCAGCCGCUCCUAUGUUUAACCGACUAGGCAUAGCAUGGGGCUGUAGCCUGCUGGGAUUCUUGAGUCUUCUUAUGACCUUGAUCCCAUUUGUGUUCAUCCGCUACGGUGAUCUUAUUCGGUCAAGAAGCAAGUUUCGGCAACAACUUCAGGGUGAAUGA